GCCCUCUUUCUGAGUACUUCCUGUUCCCGGCUAAGCCUAGCGAAGGUCCCGGGCGGGAGAGUGACUGUGGGUGGCUUGAGUGACCCGGGGCAGCUGGGACCGGGUUGGGCAGCGAAACCCGACACCAGGAAGGAAGGACGGUGGGAGGUCUGUGCACAGCCUGCGCCGAUCCCGGAGGGUGGCGGGGCUGGGGCUCACUCUGGUCUCAGGAUGCCAGGGGAGGCGGAGGAGCAGGCCUUCCUGGAAGCCCGCACGGAGCUGGCCAGAGCCCUGAGGAGGGAUUCCGGGCAGGCGUUUUCCCUGGAGCAGCUCUGGCCGCUCCUGGUCACUUCUCUGCCGCCAGCAGCCCGCUACCUGCAACUGGACGCCGCACGCCUGGUUCGCUGCAACGCUCAUGGAGAGCCCCGAAACUACCUCAACACCCUGUCAACGGCCCUGAAUAUCCUGGAGAAAUAUGGCCGCAACCUCCUCAGCCCUCAGCGGCCCCGGUACUGGCGCGGGGUCAAGUUUAACAACCCUGUUUUUCGCAGCACGGUGGAUGCUGUGCAGGGGGGCCGGGAUGUUCUGCGAUUGUAUGGCUACACAGAGGAGCAGCCAGAUGGGUUGAGCUUCCCUGAGGGUCAGGAGGAGCCAGAUGAGCACCAAGUUGCUACAGUCACACUGGAAGUACUGCUGCUUCGGACAGAGCUCAGUCUGCUGUUACAGAAUACUCACCCAAGACAGCAGGCACUGGAGCAGCUGCUGAAAGACAAAGUUGAAGAUGAUAUACUGCAGCUCUCAGAGUUUGCCACCCUGCUGAGAGAGAUUGCUCCUGGCCCCCUCAACACACCCUUUGUCCCAGGCUCCACUCCUGGUCCCUGCGACCUCUGUGGUUCUAUCCCAGGCACACUGCACUGCUCAGCCUGUAAGCAGGCUUUGUGUUUAGUUUGUGAUCGCCUGUUCCACGGGCACCCAUCCCGUGCCCAUCACCUCCGCCAGACCCUGCCUGGGGCCCCCCAGGCCACACAUCUGAGCCCUAGCUUACCUGCCUCAGCUCCUCCGCAGCCUCAGCCAGCCUCCCUGCUGGCCCUGGGAGACAGCUCUGUUUCUUCUCCCGAUCCUGCGAGUGCCCGUUUGCCCUGGCACUGUGCUGCCUGUGCUGUGCUAAAUGAACCGUGGGCGGUGCUCUGUGUGGCCUGUGAUCGGCCCCGAGGCUGUAAGGGGUUGGGGCUGGGGACUGAGAGUCCCCAAGGAGCUGGGAGUCUAGAACCUGAGCUUGCACGGGGUCGCUGGGCCUGCCAGAGCUGCACCUUUGAGAAUGAGGCAGCGGCUGUGCUGUGUGCCAUAUGUGAGCGACCUCGGUUGGCUCAGCCUCCUAGCUUGGUGGUGGAUUCUCGGGAUGCUGGCAUUUGCCUGCAUCCCUUUCAGCAGGGGAAUACUUUGCUCUCCUCUGCCCAGACUCCAGUUUGGUACUGUGUUCACUGUACCUUCUGCAACUUGGGCCCUGGCUGGGUGUGUGCUAUGUGCAACCGGACUAGCAGCCCCAUCCCAGUACAGCGCACCCCCGAGCUACAUGUCACCUCUUUGGAAGAGCGACCUCCUGAGCCAGGGCCUCCACGAUGCCUCAGUGGCUCCCUGCCCAGUUCCUGUGGAGACGCGGAGAAGCAGCGCCAAGACAAGAUGAGAGAGGAAGGUCUCCAGCUUGUGAUCAAGAUCCGGGAAGGUGAAGCUGCAGGCGCCAGUCCAGAGGAGGUCUUCUCGGCUCUGCAGUACUCGGGCACUGAGGUGCCCCUGCAGUGGUUGCGCUCAGAGCUGCCCUACGUGCUGGAGAUGGUGGCUGAGCUGGCUGGACAGCAGGACCCAAGGCUAGGUGCCUUUUCCUGUCAAGAGGCCCGGAAAGCCUGGCUAGAUCGUCACGGCAAUCUUGAUGAAGCGGUGGAGGAGUGUGUGAGGGCCCGGCGGAGGAAGGUGCAGGAGCUCCAGGCCCUGGGCUUUGGGCCUGAGGAAGGAUCUCUUCAAGCAUUGUUCCAACAUGGGGGUGACGUGGCACGGGCCCUGACUGAGCUACAACGCCAGCGCCUUGAGCCCUUCCAUCAGCGUCUCUGGGACAAUGGCCCUGAGCCCACCCCUUCCUGGGAUGGGCCAGACAAGCAGAGCCUGGUCAGACGGCUUUUGGCAGUGUACACGCUCCCCAGCUGGGGCCGGGCCGAGCUGGCGCUGUCACUGCUGCAGGAGACACCCAGGAACUAUGAGUUGGGGGACGUGGUGGAAGCUGUGAGGCACAGCCAGGACCGGGCCUUCCUGCGCCGCUUGCUUGCCCAGGAGUGUGCAGUGUGCGGCUGGGCCCUGCCCCGCAGCCGGAUGCAGGCCCUGACGUCCUGUGAGUGUACCAUCUGUCCUGACUGCUUCCGCCAGCACUUCACUAUUGCCUUGAAGGAGAAACACAUCACAGACAUGGUGUGCCCUGCCUGUGGUCGUCCCGACCUCACCGAUGACACGCAGUUGCUCAGCUACUUCUCCACCCUCGACAUCCAGCUUCGAGAGAGCCUAGAGCCAGAUGCCUAUGCACUGUUUCACAAGAAGCUGACUGAAGGUGUGCUCAUGCGGGACCCUAAGUUCUUGUGGUGUGCGCAGUGCUCCUUUGGCUUCAUAUAUGAGCGUGAGCAGCUGGAGGCAACAUGUCCCCAGUGUCACCAGACCUUCUGUGUUCUCUGCAAGCGCCAGUGGGAGGAGCAGCACCGAGGCCGAAGCUGCGAGGAUUUCCAGAACUGGAAACGCACCAAUGACCCAGAAUACCAGGCCCAGGGACUGGCGAUGUAUCUGCAGGAAAAUGGCAUUGACUGCCCCAAGUGCAAGUUCUCAUACGCACUGGCCCGAGGAGGCUGCAUGCAUUUCCACUGCACCCAGUGCCGCCACCAGUUCUGCAGUGGCUGCUACAAUGCCUUUUACGCCAAGAAUGGGUUCCUGAGAGGCCAGGACCCCAACAGUCUCCAUCUACCCUUCUCCCAUCUGGGUUUCCACCAGAAAUGUCCAGACCCCAACUGCAGGGUGAAAAAGUCCCUGCAUGGCCACCACCCCCGAGACUGUCUCUUCUACCUGCGGGACUGGACUGCUGUCCGCCUCCAGAAGCUGUUACAGGACAAUAACAUCAUGUUCAAUACAGAGCCCCCAGCAGGGGCCCGGGCAGUCCCUGGAGGUGGCUGCCGAGUGAUGGAACAGAAGGAGGUUCCCAACGGGCUCCAGGAUGAAGCUUGUGGCAAGGAGACUCCGGCUGGCUAUGCUGGCCUCUGCCAGGCACAUUACAAAGAGUAUCUCGUAAGCCUCAUCAAUGCUCACUCACUGGACCCAGCCACCCUGUAUGAGGUGGAGGAGCUGGAGACAGCUGUCGAGCGCUACCUGCACAUGCGUCCCCAGCCAGUGGCUGGGGAGGAUGCCCCAAUCUAUCACGCCCGCUUGUUGCAGAAGCUGAUGGAAAAGGUGCCCUUGGGACAGAGUAUCCCCCGCAGGAGGAAAUAGCUGAGGGCAAGGGUCCUGUCCAGGGUUCUGUGGCCCAUCUCUCUCAGGAACCGCUCCAGCACCAAUAAAGAGGCAUCUCCUUG